ACCGAUGCCGCACGCGUCAUUAUCGAUGUGAUGGCAAGCAGCCGGCGUGCGGAAGAUGUGAGCAUGCUAAGAAAGAAUGCGUUUCAAUUCUUGGACGAAUCAAGCGAAAUUCGCUCUCAAUAUGUUCAAGAUGGCUACUCUCCAUUUGGCAGCCCUUCGGUACACAUGCCGUCUCCUAGCGGUACUCCCGGAAGUGCGCAGGGCACCGCUUUGACGCCAAGCUCAACUCUAUUCACUCCAACGGAAAACCUUACAGUCCUGUCGUUACUGAAUUCAGAAUCUCCGGUGCAACAACAAACAACAGCGCCCCCAGUCUUGCAUGAUCACCGAGCAAACACGAGUGCGUAUCAUCCACACCAUGAUGAAGGUGUUAGUACUUUUGUUUAUCAGCAACCUCCUGGCGAGCCUGUGCUGUGGCCGCUGGAACAUGAACAGGAAGCAAUGCUUCUCCAGCAUUACAUUGAGAAUGUCGCCUUAUUCUUUGACAUGGUCGAUACCAGAGAUCAUUUUGGGGUUCACAUCGUCCAGAUGGCCAAACAAAACAGUACGCUAAUGAAUGCCAUCCUAGCGUUGUCUGCUCGUCAGCUUAGUCGAACCACCGACUUCGAUCCUUAUAUUGCAGAUGCGUACUAUCAACGAUGCUUCGACACACUCAUCCCAGCGCUCAACGACAACGUCACUAUCAAAGAAGAGCCACUCCUUGCCGCGACUGUCAUACUACGGCUUCUGGAGGAGAUGAACAUCUCGAUUAUCGGAUCCGAUCCUCAGGGCCAUCUUUUCGGUACCCAAGCUAUCAUCCGCGCUGCCGAACAGUCAUACGCUGCAACCUCCGGGCCUGAUCGACGACAGGCCAUCUACUGGGCUGCCUUCCGUCAAGAGCUUUGGAUAUCGUUGAUGACGCAACGAGCGUUUAAGCUGCAUAUCUUCCCCGCUGAUCGUUCGCUCGAGCCGGCCAACGAUUCUAUCUGGGCUACACGAACCAUCGCUCACCUCGGUGAUGUGAGCAACUUCGUGUUUGGAGAAGGUAGAAAUAGCAUUGCUCGCUACAAUCAACUAAUGGACGAAAAUAGAUCUUGGACACAGUGUAGGCCUGACAGCUUUGAUCCGUACUAUUUUCGGCAGGAUCGGGAUGGCAGCGGAAGGAACUUCCCAGAUAUCCGGUUCCAUCAAAAAACCCAUGUCAUGGGUACUCAGUACAACCUCUUGGCUCACAUGCUCCUCAUCGUGCAUGAUCCGACGAUCCCUCAACUUGGCCCAGCACACAAGGCAUCACGCGCUGUUGUCGACAGAACGGUACAAGAUAACGUCCGGACACUAUGCGGUGUGGCGCAAUCGAAUUCCAAGUGGUUUCCUUGCAAAUUUGUUGCUUGUUUCGCAAUUGCACUUGUUGGUGAUCGUUUUACGCUUCGCGAAGACCAAGAGCAGCUUCGCGAUUUGUGGUACGCCUGCGAACGGUCGCAUGGCUUUCCUCCGACAGCUACCAUUGCCCAACUUGAAGAAUCCUGGGGCUGGCAUAACUCCUGA